UGCUUUGUGUGCGCACUUUCGUUAUAUGUUGUAAAAUAGUGCUCAAUCAGCCCAAUCAAAAUCGCAACAGCGAACGUGAUAUACAAAUUUAAAUAAAUAGUCAUAGCAACGAAAUGGAAGUCACCGACGCCAAUUUGCAAUUGCUUGCCGGUUAUUUGCAACAGACGCUCAGCGCGGACCCAAAUGUCCGCAGACCCGCGGAAAAGUUGCUGGAGUCAACGGAAUUGCAACAAAACUAUCCGGUGCUGCUGCUUAACCUGAUCGACAAAACGACCGUGGACAUGACCAUUCGGGUGGCGGGCGCCAUUGCAUUUAAGAACUACGUGAAACGAAACUGGGCGGCGCACGAGGACAGCGACGAACCCGAUCGCAUACAUGCGAGCGAUCGCAACACGAUCAAGUCGCUGAUUGUCACAUUGAUGCUGCACUCACCGACGGCGCUGCAGAAGCAACUGAGCGAUGCGGUGAGCAUCAUCGGGAAACAUGAUUUUCCCAAGAAGUGGCCGCAGCUAAUCGACGAAAUGGUGGAGAAGUUCGCCUCUGGCGAUUUCAAUAUAAUCAACGGCAUAUUGCAAACGGCGCAUUCGCUCUUCAAGCGUUAUCGCUACGAAUUUAAAUCGCAAACCUUGUGGGAAGAAAUCAAGUUUGUACUGGACCGUAUGGCCAAGCCAUUGACCGAUCUGUUGCAGGCGACCAUGCAGCUAAGCACUUUGCACGAGGGCAACGCUGAGGCUUUAAAAGUCAUUUAUAGCUCUCUGGUGCUGGUCAACAAGGUUUUCUUCUCGCUCAACUCUCAGGAUCUGCCCGAGUUCUUCGAGGACAACAUGAGCACAUGGAUGGGCGCAUUCCUGCAACAGCUGGCAGUCGAUGUGGCCAUUCUGCACACCGAUGACGACGAGGAUGCCGGCGUAUUGGAGCAUCUGCGCUCCCAGGUCUGCGAGAACAUCUGUCUCUAUGCGCGCAAAUACGACGAGGAGUUCAAGCCGUAUAUGGAACAGUUUGUGACUGCAGUGUGGGAGUUGCUGGUGAAGACCAGUCUGCACACAAAAUACGAUUCGCUAGUAUCCAAUGCGCUGCAAUUUCUUUCGGUUGUCGCUGAGCGCAAGCAUUACCACGGCAUAUUUGAGAAUCCAGAGAUAUUGGCGCGCAUAUGUGAGAAAGUGGUCAUACCCAAUUUGGACAUCAGGCCUUCCGACGAGGAACUGUUCGAGGACAGUCCGGAUGAGUAUAUACGUCGUGACAUUGAGGGCUCCGACAUUGAUACGCGAAGACGCGCUGCCUGUGAUUUGGUCAAGACACUCUCCAUCAAUUUUGAGCAAAAGAUUUUUGGUAUAUUUGGCCAGUACCUGGAAAUCUUGCUGGGCAAGUACAAGCAGGAUUCUAUGACAAAUUGGCGUGCCAAGGAUACGGCCAUUUAUUUGGUCACCUCAUGGGCAUCGCGCGGUGGCACCCAAAAACAUGGCAUUACACAAAGCUCGGAACUGGUGCCGUUGCCACAGUUCUGCGCCGAGCACAUUGUGCCCGAACUGGAGCGACCCAAUGUUAAUGAGCUUCCAGUGCUCAAAGCAGCUGCCAUUAAAUAUGUAAUGGUCUUUCGUAGUCUGUUGGGACCACAAACGCUGGCUGCCUGUUUGCCGCAUCUCAUACGGCAUCUGCCCGCGGAGAGCAUUGUGGUGCACAGCUAUGCUGCUUGCUCGCUGGAGAAGAUAAUGACCAUGCGUGAUGGGAGCAAUGCGCUUUUGUUCGGGCCACAAGUAAUUGCUCCGCACUCGAAUCAACUGGUUAGCGGACUGUUUGCAACGCUUGCGCUGACUGGUUCGGCGGAGAAUGAGUAUGUCAUGAAAGCCAUCAUGCGGAGCUUCCAUGUGCUGCAGGCGGGCGCAAUGCCCUAUAUGGCUGUGGCUCUGCCGCGCCUCACUGAAAUUCUCACAUUUGUCGCCAAGAAUCCGUCUCGCCCGCUUUUUAAUCACUACCUUUUCGAAACGUUGUCGCUUUCCAUUAAAAUCGUUUGCCAGGCAGAUGCCUCAGCGGUCAGUUCGUUUGAGGAAGCGCUAUUCCCCGUAUUCCAGGGCAUCUUGCAACAGGACAUCACCGAGUUUAUGCCUUAUGUAUUUCAAAUGCUAUCGGUGCUGCUCGAGGUGCGCGAGAACACUGGACCCAUACCGGAACCCUAUUGGGCACUGUUCCCCUGCCUGCUGGCGCCGCCUCUGUGGGAUCGCCGGGGCAAUGUGACGCCAUUGAUACGCCUGCUGUCGAUCUUCAUUAAACAAGGCUCCGCACAGAUUCAAGCGCUUGGCAAAUUGAAUGGCAUUCUGGGCAUAUUUCAAAAAAUGAUCGCAUCCAAGGCAAAUGAUCACGAGGGCUUUUAUCUGUUACAAAAUCUAUUGCUCUAUUAUAACGCCGACGAGUUGCAGUCAAGCAUGCGUCAAAUCUUUGGCUUACUAUUUCAGCGCCUGUCGCUGUCAAAGACCGCCAAAUAUUUGAAUGGCAUCAUUGUGUUUUUCAGCUUCUACGUGGUCAAAAUUGGAGGUAGUGCUCUGGUGCGACUUAUCGAGGAUAUUCAGCCGGGUAUGUUCGGCAUGCUGCUGGAACGCGUCUUUAUCACGGAUAUGGCCAAGGUCAGCAAGGAGCUGGAGCGUAAAUUGGUCGCUGUGGGCGUUAGCAAACUGCUCACCGAAUGCCCCGAAUUAGUGUCCGGUCAAUACGCGGCGUACUGGCCGCGUUUACUUCACGCACUAAUUGAUCUGUUCGAACGGCCACCAGAGAAGCUGCCCUACUUGGACGGAGAUGCAGCUGCCGCUGAGACAGAUAUUGUUGUAGAUGCCGAACCGGGCUAUCAGGCAGCUUUCUCUCAGCUCACAUUUGCUCAACCCAAGCAGGUGGAUCACCUAGCCGAAGUAAAUGAUGCCCGCCAAUACUUGGCCAGCUCGUUGUCCAGUUUGUCGCAAAGACGUCCACCCGGAGAACUGACCACUUUGCUUGCACCGCUUGAAGCCGAAUACAAGCAAAUGCUGCAGAAAUAUUGCGAUCAGGCGGGCGUACGCAUUGCCUAAGUUUACACAUGACACACAUCAGUUGCACACACCAUACAUUACUCAUACACACACAAAGCACGAAUUAUUAAUUGUCAUACAAGAUUUGUUUAUAAGUGUAACAAUUGUAAUA